UUCUCGAUCUUGUUAGUCUUUUUGAGAGGUUAAAAGAUGAUUAUUAUUAAGCGGAGCCUGUGCCUGUCAAUGGUAGUGCGGUCGAAGACAUAUUUAUUAUACAAUUAACAUUCAUGAACGGUGAUAUUUGGUUAAUUUAGAAUAAAAUACGCUGAUACAAUGAAGUAGUCUCACCUGUGACGUGGAACCCACGGAGCCCUUUGGACCUGCUGCCACUUCCAAACUAUGCUGUUUUCAAAUGAAUACUACAAUUGUGUUCUCCUUUCUAAGGUGAUGGAAUGGAAAACACAGUGAUGGACAUCAAGAAUGGAGCACAAACAAGUUUUAUCUACUGCUAUGGAGCCAUCACAGAGGUUCUUAAAUGUGGUCCUUCUCACUUGCACAAUGGACACAAAUUGCUUUUUCUUGUCAUUCCCGGGAACCCAGGGGUCGUGGGCUUCUACCGGACCUUCCUCCAAACGCUUUGCAGCAUGUUUGGCAACCGCCACCCAGUGUGGGCUGUGAGCCAUGCAGGCCACUGUGAGCCCCCAGCGUCCAUGGACAUGGUGGAAGAUGCCUCCUCAGCAGCUGACGGUGACGUGUUUGGUCUGAAUGGUCAGGUAGAACACAAACUGACCUUCCUGAGGACGUUUGUCCCAAAGGAGGUCAACCUUGUCCUCGUGGGACACUCCAUUGGCUGCUACAUCAUUUUAGAGACCAUGAAGAGAGAUCCCAGUCUCAAGGUCCUGAAGGCCGUCAUGCUUUUCCCAACCAUCGAACGCAUGGCCCUGACUCCUCAGGGAAAGGUCAUGACCCCCGUGCUGUGCCACAUGCGCUACAUGGCCUACCUGCCCAUCUUCCUGCUCUCGCUGCUGCCAGAGGGACUCAAAAGAGGUCUGGUCCAGCUGGUUCUUGGUGGUCUUGGCUCUUUGGAUCCCUGCGUUAUCCCGGCCACUGUGGGCCUACUCAGUGGAGACUGUGCAGCUAAUGCUGUGUACAUGGGGGGCCAAGAGAUGAGGAAAGUGUUGGAAAGAGAUAACCUAACCAUCAAGAAAAACCUGGAGAAGAUGACGUUGCUGUUUCAGCUUCUCUUCUACUACGGAGCAUCAGACCCAUGGUGUCCUGUACGUUACUAUGACGACAUCAAGAUGGAUUUUCCCACAGGAGAUUUCAGACUGUGUGAAAAUGGCUUCCGCCACGCCUUCGUUUUGGACGCAGGGCGAGAAGUCGCUGAAAUGGUCGCCGAAUGGAUCAAGUCAGAUGUCAGGACGUGACUUCUUGUAUUUUGGAUUCCAAAUCAUCUUGGAAGAUCUUUUGGUGAUAAGUACAUCAGUCAAUAUGACAACGUGGAAAAUGGAGAAGUACAGUUUUAUUCAUUUAGUACACAUUCCAAUAUCAUCCGGUCCAGAUUGUUGGAUGUAAUAUUAUGUCAUCGGGUCCGGAAGGUCAGGAAGCACCAAGGCCAGGUCUUGCCAUGAACUGGAGACUACAGGAGCACCAGCGGGACCUGGUUGUGACCCUAACCUUUGUCGCCCCCCUUGGUGCAUCCAACAUGAUGAUAACAAACAAUACUGAAAAGAAGUUGCCAGUCGGUACGUUUCCAUGCACUCAAACGGUCUGAUUGUACAUCCAUCCAUUUUCUACCGCUUAUCCUCACUAGUGUGCAGGGGUAGGCUGGAGCCUAUCCCAGCUGUCUUCCGGCGAGAGGCGGGGUACACCCUGGACUGGUGGCCUGCCAAUCACAGGGCACAUAUAGACAAACAACCAUUCACA